AUGAAAACAAACGAGUGUGUACAGGCGCGCUCUCGUUUUCAUCGCGAGACUCAUGAGAACCCUUUGACUCGAGCGCAAAACACCGACACGCUUCCGAGAGUGAACGAGGACCGCGAGACGCGACGCGUUGCGACGAGGGCACUAUGUACACACUCGUACUCGGCCUGUCUCGUGGUGUCUCGACGAGCGUGUACAGCCGCCAUUAGAGUUUUUAAACUUAAACCUAGGAUAUUCAUUUUGGACGCGUUUUCAAGCGUCCGGCCCCUCUCUGCACAAGUGGCUGACGAGGCGAUCUGCGAUGAUACGCUCAAGAAGUUUGCCCGCCUCGUCGAACAGCACUAUGGGCCGGUACGCGGACGUCUAUAUGGGAUCAUGAAAAUGAAGGUCGAAAUCCUGAUCAUUUUAACAGUUGUAUCGUUUGUGGUCACGGAAGAAGGUGACCUCUGCACAAAAAAUGGGAAACGCGGAACCUGUAAGAUAUUCAACGACUGCAAGCCGGCCAUGGAUGAAUUCAAAAAGUAUAAGACGAAUCCAAAGGCAAGUAUUUUUAUCAAACUACUAAAGAACAUUUGCAGCUGGGAAGGUGAUGAACCAAUCGUAUGCUGCGUUGAGAAAAUUAAAUACGUCGGCUCGAGCAACUUGGGCAGUAACAACAGACCAAACACUCGUUUACCGGAAUGCGAACGGAUUUCCAGGAAGCUGACUGCAGAGAAAACUGGCCAAAAAGCCUGGGAUAAAUGCAUCGAGUACCAAGAAAAGCUGAUCUAUCCAUGCAGGGAGAGCACCACGCCUUCCGGAGGUAUGGUCCGAUUGAACUUAUGCAAUAGAAAGCCAGAAGCCAUAAUAAUUGGUGGCAUGGACGCAUAUGAGGGGGAGUUUCCUCACAUGGUGCUGUUAGGCUUUGCGAAUGGCACAUCAAACGACAACUGGGCUUGCGGUGGAAUUUUAAUUAGUGAGAGGUUCAUAUUAACCGCUGGGCACUGCACCUGGAGCAAAGACUACGGCCCGGUAACUGACGCAAAGGUGGGGAUCCUGGCGCGAUCAGCCGCUACAGAUAGCACCAGGCAUUACAAGAUAAAACGUAUCAUCAAACAUCCUAACUAUAAAUCGCCGAAAAAGAUCGCGCUGGACCAGUACGCAGUACCAGCUUGCCUGCACAAUGGGCAUCUGGUGAACGACACCACUGCGACGGUGACCGGCUGGGGCACUACCGCCUUUAGAAGGAAUAAAGUUUCCGAUGUACUACAGAAGGUUACUCUCCAGAAGUUCUCUGACGAGGAAUGCUACAGAUCUUACGCACCAGGUACUCCAGGAAUGCGGCACAUGAAGGACGGGUAUAAUAGCACCACGCAGAUAUGCUAUGGCGACUGGCAUGCUGCCAAGGACAGUUGCAAUGGGGACAGUGGAGGCCCAGUCCAAGUGAAACAUCCAGAAAUAUACUGCAUGUAUUCAGUGCUGGGAAUAACGUCUUGGGGCAAGCAGUGUGGGUAUCCUGGGCAGCCUGCUAUUUACACGAGGGUGGCUGCGUACGUGCCCUGGAUAGAGGGUAUCGUGUGGCCUUGA